AUGGAGCCGGAACAUACGGCAGCGACAGAGCCGCAACAACAGGCAACGACAGAGCCGGAACGCAAGGCAGAGACAGAGCCGGAAUACAAGGCAGAGACAAAGCCGGAGCAUCAUCAUGUGUCCUGGCAAUCCUCGCUAACCGUUUGUCCGCUGGCGCCUCAAGACAUGCCACCCGGCUAUUUUACAGGCAAAGCUGCAAUCCUAAAUGGCUUGAGCCAGUCGUAUGAAUCCCAGAUGCAGCCUUUCGAGACACCUCGUGUGUUUGGGGCUAUUCAUCUGGCUGCGUUUUCCAUCUUGGGUCCCGAGGCAAUAGACACCGUCAGUCACGAUCAGGCCAAAUUGCGUGCAGUGGGGGACACUAUCCAGUCCGUCGCAAACUACUGGUCCAUUCCUAAACAAGCCGCCGGCGCCGCCGACUCUGAGAGUGCUGAGGCUGUGACCUCAAAGGCCACAGAUCCCGAGCCUGCAGUGUCUCAGGAGCCCGCCGGCAGCAAUGCCAGAGAGAAUAUCGCGAGCCGCACCUUCAGAUUCAUGCGGGGUAGACUUCAUCGAUCUUCCGUGCCCCAAAAGCGAGCUCGGGACGACACGCUCACCGGAGCAGACAACGAAGCCCCGGGGCCCGCAGCACGCAGGCCAAGCACCAGACCCAGGGACCGUAACAAGACGGUGGCCAUCAAGGUAAAUAACAGAAGUGAUUGCCUUCUAAAACACGCCAUGCUAACCACUCGUGACCAGACCAAGAAACGCGAUGGGCUUCAGUGCAUUUUCACCCACGCCAGGGUAGCCGUUGACGGAGCACACAUCCUGCCCCAUGCCAUAAACGCCGCCGAAGAUCACGUCUCGUUUUUCAGCAUGAUAGUCCCCCAUUUGACCACCAUGUUCGGCGGGACUUUUGCAAAUAGACUCACCGAGCUUGUGGGUUCUAGAGGCGCUUCGGAUCAGAUGUGGAACAUGCUGACCCUCGAACCCUAUUUGCAUCGGCUUUUCGAUAUGGGGUUGAUCGGGUUUCGCCCAGAAAGAAUUACCAAGACCAUACUUGAAGAAGGCGGCGAGGUUUUCCAUGUCCAGUUUGGCAUUCACUGGCUUUUGAGGACCGAACUUCAAUGUUGCCACGUGGUGGUGCCGACCGAUGAAACCUUGCGCAUGAUGCAGACUGUGAGGCCCGAAUAUCAACUCAACAAGAAGAAAUUCGGCGCCCAUAAUAAGGAAUCGGACGCACGUAUCCCUGACGGAACCUUGGUCAGCAUUCAGCAAGUCUCGUUAGAGGACGCUCAAAAGAUGUACGAUUGCCUUGGCAUGAGCUGGGCCAUGCGGAUGAUCCUGUUUUUAGCGGGAGCCGCUGGGAUCCCAGAUGGUGAUCCUAGAAGCGACGAUGAAUUCCACGACAGCGCAGAGACUAAUGGCUUUUGGGAUGAGUUUGAAAACCAUCAGGCCAUUCUCGACGAGUGUUUUGGUCCGCCGGUUGGAGCCCUAGAACCACCUCCUCCCGCUCCGGCCCUGGAACCUCUUCCCGCAUCAGCCCUGCCCCUCCGCACACAUUGCCAGGAGACCUCCGAGGACAGCGCUGGCGACAAGUCAACUGGCAGCAGGCGCCGUUGGAGCCCAGUCCCAUCCUUGUCGGGCAAUUUCCCCUUCACCUCUGCCAUGUUUCGCCGCAGUCGUUCUUCGGGGGACUCGUCGGAAGACAGCAGCCAGGGAUCGAGCCUCUGGAGUCGCGUCAAGCCUCCAAGCUCCCGCACGACUGUGGACUUGGGCAAGGCUACGGAUACUGGCGGCGGUGGGCAGAUUGAGCUACUCGCCCCGCCUCCGCCACUGCCCUUUCCUCUGAAUCCUGAAAACUGGAUUCCGGAGCUUGAGAUGGAGAGCACCUCCAAGAGCGUUGGUACACUUUCCCUCAUUGCUGGGGCCGCUGGUGAGCCUUUGCAAACCAUGAUGGUUGGCGAAGAUGAUGAGCAGCAGCGUACUGUCCCAUUCCUGUCCUACGAAGGCCUCGAAACCAAUCACUUCCGCAUGCUAGACCACAGCGACACAGCACGGCUACGUGUGCAAACAUGCGCCGCCGCCGCCGCUCGUCCUCGCACACAACACCAACACCAGGCCCCCAUGGCACUUUAA